AUGGGGAGGCCUCCUUGCUGCGAUAAGCUUAAUGUCAAAAAGGGUAUUUGGACUGCUGAGGAAGAUGCAAAGAUACUUGCCUAUGUGUCAAAGCAUGGAGCUGGAAACUGGACUUCUGUUCCCAAAAGAGCAGGACUUCGGAGAUGUGGAAAGAGUUGCAGACUUAGGUGGACUAAUUACCUCAGGCCAGAUCUUAAACAUGAAAACUUCACACCCCAGGAAGAGGAGUUAAUUGUUAGGCUUCAUGCAGCCAUCGGUAGCAGGUGGUCCAUCAUAGCUCAACAGCUUCCUGGAAGAACAGACAAUGAUGUGAAGAAUUACUGGAACACUAAGCUCAGAAAGAAGCUCUCUGAAAUGGGAAUAGAUCCUGUCACUCAUAAACCUUUCUCUCAAAUUCUGGCUGAUUAUGGAAACAUUGGUGGACUCCAAAAAUCUGGAAACCGAAUAGGGUCUUUCAACAGAGAUAUGAAAAGUGCCUUCAAGUCAAAAUCCGAUCAAUGUCAAACACCACAACCACAAGUGUUUUCAAGCAUUAACAGUACUAGUCCUUUGAUGACAGCAAUGGUAUCACCAAAAGUAGAGCCAAUCCAGGAUAGCUUCAAUAUUAAUCUCAGCAUGAACACCAGUAACAGUGAAAGCAGUUCCAUGGAUCUUCUUGCUGAGCUGCAAGCCAUAAAACUGGUGAAAGAGGCCUCUAAUUGUGCAAACCAUAAAGCUUUCACAUCCCAAUUCUUCAAUGAAGCCACAUUGUCCUCACCAUCUUCGUCAUCCUCAACUUGUUCCACAGCAGGAAAAGAUCAGAAGUCAAAAGCUUUUAGUUGGCAAGAUUUUCUCCUUGAAGAUGCACUUGUAUCUGCCAAUGUUCCACAAGAACAAGAUACCGCAGUGGAGUUCUCAUCCAAGGACUUCCCUACAAACUCUCAAAAUUUAACACCACCAAGUCAGAUAAAUGAUGAGAAUAACAUACAAAUGAAUAAUGCAAUUGAGAGAAUGGAUUUUGGGGGUCCAAUCUAUGGCUUUCCUGCUUCAUCAUCCACUGACACUUCAUUUGUGGAAUCUAUGAUACACAGAGAAAAUGAGAUGUUCUUAGAUUUUCCUGAACUUAUGGAAGAACACUUCUAUAAUUAAUCGGCUUUUUGUCUAAGUUUACUACUGAAAUAAAUAAAAAUUUGUA